UCCCAACAUGAAUUCCACCUGCAAUCUCUGAACGACAAAACGAGCGAUAUAAGGAGACAUCGCGGACACUUUCCGAAAGUCAUACCCAUUAACGUCUUCGUGUUUUUUACGGAUGCAUUUAACGUCUUCCUCGUGACUUCAACAUCGCCGUGGAGCAGGAUGAGGCGGUGAAUGUCGCGUUUCACAUCUUUUCGCUCCAAUUGAAGCCGCAAGAGUAUGUGAUCAUGUUGGCGACGCGCUGCCUCCUCCUGUGGGCUGCGGUCACCGCGCGACUCGCCGUGACAGCCUGGGGCAGCAGCACCAAGCGGGACGGAGCGGAAUGGGGACGUGAGAACGCGUACACGGUGGAGCACGCGCAGCCUCAGCGCCUGCUGCAGCGGACUGACGCGGAGGAGGAGUUGCCGCACGGGCACUUGGGUACUCUAACAAAGACUGAUGGUGAUGGAACGCAUCCCAUUCAUCUUGCUCAAAUCUCAUUCCUGGUGAAAGCCUUUGGAAUCCCAUUUGUUUUGGACCUGGAGCUCAAUCAUGAUCUCUUGUCAUCUAAUUAUGUUGAACGCCACUUUGAAAAGGAUGGGCGAUCAUUUCAGACUCUGGGAGGAGAGCACUGUUACUACCAUGGUCAUGUGAGAGGAGUUCAGAGGUCUUGGGCAGCUCUCUCCACCUGUCACGGCCUACAAGGGAUGUUCUCAGAUGGUAACUUUUCAUACGGAAUCGAACCCUUGCACAACAGCAGUGAUCAGGAUGCAAAUGUUCAUGUUGUAUACAGAAUGGCAGACAUCCGGCUGAUGCCACUUUUCUCAGGAAGCACCAGAAACAGCAGUGACACUGACAUUAACAAUGACUAUCCCAUUUCUAUGGAGACAAGCCAGCAAGAGGUCACAGAUGGGCUGAGACGGGCAAAAAGACAGGUUCGGAGGGGUCCACGCACAGUCCAGAGUGAAACAAAGUAUGUAGAAUUACUAGUGGUCAAUGAUUACGACCUGUUUGCACAGAUGAGAAGAUCAUCACCUCAGACAAGAAAUUUUGCCAAAGCUGUAGUAAACAUGGCUGAUGCUAUUUACAAGGAGCAGCUGAACACAAGAAUAGUGCUUGUCGCUAUGGAGACAUGGUCAACUCAGAACAUGGUUUCUGUCGGUGACGAUCCUUUGGUGACCCUGCGUGACUUUAUGAAAUACAGGAAGGAGAAUAUCAAAGAGAAGAGUGACACAGCUCACCUGCUCUCGGGACGCACAUUUCAGAGCAGUCGCAGUGGGACUGCCUACAUUGAGGGGAUCUGCUCACCAACAAGAGGAGGAGGAGUCAAUGAGUAUGGAAAUGUGGGGCCCAUGGCUAUCACUUUGUGUCAGAGUUUAGGACAGAACCUUGGAAUGAUGUGGAAUAAAGACCGUGCUACUGCCGGAGACUGUAGAUGUCCUGAUCCAUGGUUAGGGUGCAUCAUGGAGGAUACUGGGUACUAUCUACCCAGAAAGUUUUCACGGUGCAGUAUAGAGGAAUACAUUCAAUUCCUUCAGCAAGGUGGGGGGAGCUGUCUCUUCAAUAAACCUAACAAGUUGUUGGAUCCUCCUGAAUGUGGCAAUGGUUUUGUGGAACAGGGUGAAGAAUGUGACUGUGGCUCUCAAGUGGACUGCUCUCGUGCUGGGGGUGCAUGCUGCAAAAAAUGCACUUUAACUCACGAUGCAAUGUGUAGCAAUGGAUUGUGUUGUAACCGUUGCAAGUAUGAGCAGAGAGGGGUGAUCUGCAGGGAUGCAGUGAAUGAUUGUGAUGUGCCAGAAACCUGCUCUGGAGAUUCGAGUAAAUGUCCACAUAAUGUACACAAACUGGAUGGAUACAUGUGCGAUGCUGGACUGGGCCGCUGCUAUGGCGGUCGCUGCAAGACCAGGGAUGCCCAGUGUCAGGCGCUCUGGGGCCAUAAUGCAGCAGAUCGUAUGUGUUAUGAAAAGCUGAACAUUGAGGGCACAGAGCGUGGCAACUGCGGUCAGGACAGCAGCUCACACAGCUGGAUUCAGUGCAAUAAACAGGAUGUACUGUGUGGAUUUUUAUUGUGCACUAAUAUCACGGUGAAACCACGGUAUGGAGACUUGCAUGGAGAAAGCACAAGUCUCACCAUCUACCAUCAGAACAAGUACCUGGAUUGUCGUGGUGGCCAUGCAGUGCUAGAGGAUGGCACUGAUCUUGGGUAUGUGGAGGAUGGCACACCUUGUGGUCCUAAUAUGAUGUGCCUAGACCAUCGCUGUUUGCCGGUCACCACCUUUAACCUGUCAUCCUGUCCCGGGUCAUCCUUCUCUCUUGUGUGCUCUGAUCAUGGGACGUGCAGUAAUGAAGUAAAGUGUAUCUGUGACUCAGACUACACCGGGAAGGAUUGCAGUGUAUAUGACCCCAUUCCAGACCCCCAGCCUCCAGAUGGUCCUGAAAAGUACAAAGGUCCAAGUGGUACAAACAUCAUCAUUGGCUCUAUAGCAGGAGCGAUACUAUUGGCAGCUAUAGUACUUGGAGGAACAGGCUGGGGCUUCAAAAAUAUCCGAAGAGGAAGAUCUGGAGGGGGAUAAAGCAUGUCAUCUGCUCUUCUGUGCAUCUGCACUGUGUUCUUUAAACUUUGAGGGAAACAGAAGAAACUCCAGAUGUCUUCCACUCUCUCACCAAACUUCAGUGUCACUCUCUCUUGUCUUUCCACUUCCUGUUACUGCCUGUCACCUGUUGCCUAGAAACACUUCAAUACAUCCCAUGGUAACAUUCUUUAACUGAUUACGAUUCCAAUGAUGUUACUUUUUAAUGAGUGGUUUUGCCCUUUAAACCAAGCACAAAAAAUGAAAAGUCAUAAUUUACUUAUGUCGUUUGGUUGUCAUUGACGGAACAAAAAAAACAGAGGUGUUGUUUAGAAAGUUCAUAUUGUUGAUUUCCAAAAAAUGGACCAAAAACAUCAUCAAGAUCCGCGUUGUGUUCUCUAUGGCACCUUAGGUAUCAAGAUGCAUCACGUCAGGUAAAUAAAUCAAGAAUUUCAGUUAGAAAAAAGGUCACUACAUUUAAGACAGACAUCAAGAUUACUAUGCAUAAUCCUUUUAAACAUUUUAAAUGCUAAAAUGUUAUCAUUUUAAGUACCCCUAUAUUUUUCCAUAGAGAUCUUCCCCAAAGAUCCCCAAAAAGGAAAUUCAUCUCUGAAUAUUUAUGGAUGUCCCAUUGGGAAUCCAAAAGCAAUGUACUCUCUUAGAAUGGAAUGUCUGUUAGCAUUCCAUGUUUACCCUCAUAUAUUAGUCUAAUAUCUAUAAUCAUGCUGCUUUUAUGAUUAUCCAUAAUAGUGCAUAAAAACCAUGCAUAACCAUAUGAAUGUACUUUUACAUGAUAAAAAAAGGCAUUGCUUGUAUGUUCAAUGUAGUUAUAGAUUUCAUCAGCACAUAUCUGAGGAAAACUCGGUAAUUUUAGUAUUAUAUACAGUUGAAGUCAAAAUGAUUAGCCCUCAUGUGAUUUUUUUUCUUUUCUUUUACAAAUAUUUGCCAAAUUAUGUUUAACAAAGCAAGGAAUUUUUCACAGUAUUUGCUAUAAUAUUUUUUCGUCUGGAGAAAGUCUUACUUGUUUUAUUUAAGCUAGAAUAAAAGCAGUUUUUAAUAUUUAAAAGAACAUUUUAAGGUCAAUAUUAUAAUCCCCCUUUUUUCUCUCGAUUGUCUACAGAACAAACCACUGUUAUACAAUGAUUUGCCUAAUUACCCUAAAUUGACCUGGUUAAGCCUUUAAACUGCACUUUAAGCUGAAUACUAAUAUCUUGAAAAAUAUCUAGUAAAAUAUUAUGUACCAUCAUCAUGGCCAAGAUAAAAUAAAUCCGUUAUUAGAAAUGAGUUAUUAAAACUAUUAUGUUUAGAAAUGUGUUAAAAAUUAAAAAACAGACACUGGGGAAAAAUAUAAGGGGGGUUGGAGUGGGGAUGGGAGUAAUAAUUCUGACUUCAAAUGUAUAUAUAUAUAUAAUUUAUAUGUGGGACACUGUUUGAAUCGACUGAACUGAAGAUAUGUAUAUAAUGUACUGUAUAUGACAGCACUAUAUUGCCCUUUGACUGUAUAAAUUACUAACACAGUCAGAUUUAAGCACAAAAGUACAUUUUUAGGGUCAAGGGUUAAUACAGCUGAAAUACAGUUAAACCAUGCCGAAAACAACACCACAAGUCACUUUUCCAGUCAUUUUUGUUAUAAUAAUCUUAUCCACUUAGCUUUCAUAGCUUUGAGUGAUGUGACCGGAGCAGAGACCUGAAGGGCAAAGCUGUGGUACAGACCUGUCAAGUUUUCAGUAGUUUUAGAUAUGUCGCAGAUACUUUAUAUAAAUUAUAUUAAUCCCAUAUAAAUUAUUUCUACACUAAUUAAAUCCCCCAAAUAAAUUUACAUUUUUGGUAAACUAUCCCUUUCAAGUCUCUGUAAAUGACAAAAUCCUAUGAUAAUUAUCCUUCAGGACAUUUUAGUGGGAAAACUAGUUUGCCCACUUAAUAAUAAUCCUGACUAAAUUAGAAUGAUGUACUAUAAUAAAACAAUUUAAUAUUCAACUCUACAUAGUCAAAGUUAAGAGCGUCAAAAUGGGAGUUUAUAUAUACAUAUAUAACUAAUAUUUUGACACUUGUCUUGUGUAAGCUAACCUGCUAACUAUAGCUCUUAUGUCAACACAGGCUCAUUGUGAAAAUGUACCCCUGUAUGCAUUUCUGGAGAUCGCAAUUUAUGUAGCCAGAGUACGUAUGGCUGCAUUUUUCUGUAAAUCGAAUCCUACAGGGUGGUAUGACGCCAUUCCUUUUCGCGCUAGCAGCUGACCACUUACCACUUUAUGGAUGGCUUUGCUGCUGUUACCAGUUGUCCAGUGGCGUACAGUGUAUGUUGGCGGACUUUAGACACAGAGAGGAGUUGACCAUUAUGACAGGGUUCGAGUCCGACAAAGAACGGUUCCAGAAAGCAGGUAAGAAAAAAAAAAUAAACCAAAAAAUUAAAUAAACAACUAAAUAACAGGGUGGGAAUGUGGUAAAAUGUGGUAAAAAUCGGGGCUUUUCUUUUUCUGGAUUUCUUUUCAAAACACUGGUUUAGGGAAGUGGGUGUAUGCUGGUCAAUCGGUUCUUUUAAAAACUAUCGGUUGGGUUUAGGGAAGGGUAGAUUAACGCGAGAACAGCAGUCGCAAAUGGCACUCGUGAGAGAAAUUUUAAAUCUCAAAAAGGUACAAAGCAGCCUCUGGUGGAUUCACAAAAAACCAAAGAUGCAAAAAAAAGUACCUUCUGGGAUGUAUUUGGUACUCUCCAGAAAUGUAUAUAGGGGUACAUUUUCAGAAUGAGCCUGGAUUGUCUUAUUUCCAAUCUGUAAGUCAUGAUGGUGACCCAUUCAUGUGUAAAUAAUGAAGCUAUACUGAAUAAUGUUUAAGAGACUGAAGGGUCGUACAAACCGGGACGCUUUUCAUUUGCGUUUAUCAUCAGCAUUUUUUUUAGAUGUUUUUCCGGAUUCAAACCCAAGUGAUUUUCACUGGCUACACAAUUUUAAGCUUCUGACACCCACUUGUAACACAGAAGAAGAAGACAGAAAGUUGACCCACUUGUUGUUAAAGUUACUGGCGAUUCGAACAAGUAUGGAUGGUUUAAGUAGCAGCUCCAGCUCUAGCAAUGAAGAAAUGAUUAUUGUUCACCAGUGCAAGCAGCUUCACGUUCAUAUCGCCUCUGGGCAUCUUCUUCAAUGUGUGCUCGCAUUGAAAGUUUUGAACUUGAGCGCCUCCAAGUGUGGUUUACUGUAACUUCAGCAGCUCUUUGCAAGUGAACAAAAGUGCCAAUCUGAUUGGUGGAGAAGGUUUUGAUGCAGUGCGUCAAAACAAAAAAAACAAAACAAAAAAAAAACGAGCAUAAGGCAUUUCUUAGUAAAAAAAUGACGUGUUUACACCUGCCGCUUUGUGCAUUGAUGUGCUCGUUCACAUUGGCGCCCUUUCUUUAGUCACGAGGCGUUAAACGUCAACGGAAAACGCAAGCAAAAAGCGUCCCGGUUUGCACAGGCCUUGAGACUGGCAGCAGAAUAUUUGCAGAAUACACCUUUUUAUACAAUUGCUUCCUUAAGAAUUUUCUUUUCGACUUUCAAAAAUGAACAAAAGUACUGUAAUAAAGGAACGAGCCAGUUACUGAAAUGAAGUGAGUUAGUACACAGUGGAUACUUCGAUUUUAACAGAGUUUUAAAAAUGUUUUAGAGUGUCUAUAAAUUAUCGGCAGAAAUGUGUGUGCUUUUCAUACCAUACAUCUGUUCUCAAGUUUGAAAAUAUUGUCUCAUCAUUUAAUAACUAAAGUAUCCCCGUAAACUUUUAUUUAAGCAGAAACAAGUAAUGGUUAAUUAGCAAUAUUUGUAGUUUUCUAAAAUUUUCAUGUGCCUUCAGCAAAGAUACAUUCACCAAUGAUCAGCCUGUUUCAAAGGUUUCUUUAAUGGUAGGCAUGCUCAUGAAAUGUUAUCAAACGUACACAUAAUGGAACAUGUGAGACUUAUGGUCCAUAUUAAUGUAUUUAUUUAUAUAAAUUAUGUAACAAUUGGAUUUAUGAUCACUUAUUCUCUGAUAUGUAAAUAUAUCCUUUAAAAACACAAUCACAUAUCUACACCAAAUAUAAAGCAGAUGAGUUUCCAAAGAAAGACACAAAUUCUUUUUCUUGUUUUCUAUCUAUUUUUUGGAUGAAACACCACUGGAACCAUGUUGUAGUACAAUCCAGAUUAUAAUACCUUGAGCCCUGUUUUCAGGCAACUGAUAGCUUGAGUUGCAUGCUUUUCAACCUCUGUUGACAAACCAUGAACUUGAUAGUUGCUGAGAGGAAUUAUUAAGGACAAUCUAGUAGCUGAUAAUGUAUUUGAAAUAUAUUGCCUUCAGUCACAUUCCAACAUUUCAUUCAAAUCACUGUGUAUUUCAUUCACUGAGUUUCAGUGUUUUAGCAGUUUUGGUGUGAAUUUUAAUCUAUAGAUUUCUAUGUCUAAAGAGUUAUUGUGGAAAUAUUAUACUUUGUAAUGGUUUUCAAACUAUUUGAUUAUUAGAUUAAAUGACAUCUCAGUGAGAGUGAUAUCAGGUUCAGCUAAAGCUCACUGCAAAUAAGAAUUUUCCUCAAUGAUGCAACACUAUCUUAUUUCCAGUGGUUUGUUAUGAACAUUUAAAUCAGUUAGCACUGUGGUAGGGGCAACAAACAUCCUAGAUAAAUAAAUUCUUUCCAUGAUUUGCUUGAUUAUUGUUGUAUUACAAUGAACAGGCUGCCAAAUCAAAGCUUGUUUUUUAAGGAAGGUUUCACUAAUAUUUUGGGGGAGACUUUCUCAGAAUGUAUCAUCGACAAUAACAGCAACAGAGCAGAACUAUUUUUUUUUCAGGAUUAUUAUAAUUGUCUGUAUGCAAAGGUCUAAAUGUAUUUGUAACACACACACACACACACACACACACACA